CACUGCACUGCUCUUGCCACAUCCUUUGCUGUACUGAAGGGCUGUCACAAUUGAGACGCUUACAUAUUUCCUGCAUCUCAACAUCUCACGCAUCAAAAUCUGUUAGAGAUCUGUUACAAUGGUGAGCUUCUGUCCUGUAUGUGGGAAGCCUGUUUAUUUUGGUGAGAAGAAGAGGUCAUUGGGACGAGAUUAUCACCCGUUGUGCUUGAAGUGUCACAAGUGUAAAAGACAGCUAACAGCUGGCCAGCAUGCAGAGCACGAUGAGAAGCCAUACUGCACUAACUGCUACAUGAGAGAUUUUGGACCCAGAGGCAGCCAAAAACCUGUUGCUCGGACCUUUAACACGGCUGCUUCAUAAGAAAGAAACACCAUCUAGAUUUACAAACGACAGACCUACAGUAUCUGAUUUACACCGUCACGCACAGCAAACCACUGUAAAACACUCAGCAAAAUGAGUUACUUCAUGUUUGAAUUCUUUUGCCAUGAUUUCACAGUUAAGGCACCUUAAUAUUAUACAUAAUUGUUUUAUUGAGUUGUAUCUUAUUCCUUAGAAAGAGAGAUGUGGAAAUAUCAAACUAAAGCUAAUGUUGGUGUAGGAGGCUCUCAUGUACAAUCAUCAUGUGUUUUUGGUUAAAAAUACAAAGUCAAGACUUUGUAUUUCAUUAAUUAAUCAAUUAACAUGAAACACAAUGUAAACAGAAUUUUUUGCUCUAUUAUUGUUUGUUCUUUUCUGGGAUUUUGAAGAUCAGAGGCUAUAAAACAAAAAGUUUUUUUUUUUCAGUAGGCAGUAAAUGUAUCUACAAAGCAAAAAUUACAAUAAUUAAUCAUUGUGUCUUUUUAAUAAGAAGCAGAAGCCUGUGUCCCAAACCGCGUAAGUGAUGGCUUUAUCAUUUUUGUUAGUUCAGGAAGAAUAUAUAUUUGAUUUUAUUUUAUUUUUUGGUCAUUACUUUAUUGAAAGAAAGUGUCACUCAAAACUGCCAGCUAGCAUAUUGUCAACUCAUUGAAUCAGAUUAAUAAUUUCAUUUAUUUUAUCCUCAAAUCCAGAAAAUUAACUGAAAAAAAG